UGAUUUGAUUCUUCAAAGAGCAAAGAUUGGAAAAAAGCAUUUAGUUAAAAAUAAUAUCACUGGGAAAAGUGAUCUUUUCCACCAUCAAAAUAUGAGUGUAAAAUAACUUUUUUCGUAUCCACGUUAGUUCUGCGUGUUGUUACACUUUCAAAUAUAGUCGCUACGAAUGGAGUUUGUUUUGUCUCCGCUUUUUUCUUUAGUUGAGUGUCCAAAACUCAAGAUAAAGAAGCCAAGCUUCAUAACAUGGCCUUCUCCUAUGGUUUUCUUUGCCUUCAUCAUGCUCACCUAUUUCUUAAUCACAGGAGGUGUUAUUUACGAUAUGAUUGUAGGACCACCAAGCAUGGGAACGGAGACUGAUUCCAGGGGUAAUCAAAGACCGGUGGCUAUAAUGGCUUGGCGCUUAAACAGUCAGUAUAUACUAGAAGGACUAGCAGCUAGUUUUAUGUUUGUAAUGGGAAGUUUCGGAUUUAUUGUGAUGGACAAAGUCAACGAAGCUAAAGUUUCAAAGUUAAACCGUAUUUUAUUGAUGGCACUUGGCAUCGGAUGCAUUCUAGCCUCGAUUCUCACUUUACAUAUUUUCAUCAAAACCAAAAUGCCGUCUUAUAUGCGAUGAUUAUCAAAUCAAAUUACCUCACUGCUUUGUGCCUCUCUGUACGUGCAACCAAGUGAAUAUAUAAUACAUCCAAUGCCCACAAAAGUUUACCCAUGUAAAUUGUAAAAAAGACACUCUUCAGUAAAAUAAACUUUUUAUAUUUGGUAGAUAAUAAUAAGAAUUGUUUACACUA